AUGUCAGCAUUAUCAAUUAUAGCGUCCAUAAUAGGUUGGAUAUAUUUUGCAUGUUGGUCCCUAAGUUUUUAUCCCCAAGUUUAUUUAAAUUUUAAAAAGAAAAAUGUUUUAGGGCUCAGCUUUGACUUUUUACUAUUCAAUAUAACAGGAUAUAUGUGUUAUUCAGUUUUUAACUCAGUUUUAUAUUGGGAUAAACUUGUUCAAAAUGAAUAUUUAGAGAAAUAUGCUCCACCACUCCCAGUAUAUGCAAGUGAUGUAGCAUUCGCCAUUCAUGGUUUUAUAUUGACACUCAUCACAAUUGUCCAAUGCUUUGUCUACGAAAGAGGUAACCAAAAGAAUUCAAAGAUUGGUGUUGGCAUUGGUAUCUGUAUUUGGAUAUCAAUGAUAGUAGUUACCAUUUUAGGAUUUGCCAAGGUUGUAUCAUGGUUAUGGGUUAUUUAUUUCUACAGCUAUGUAAAAUUAUUUAUUACCUUUAUUAAAUAUGUACCACAGGCUUAUAUCAAUUAUAAGAAUAAAAGUACAAGCGGUUGGAGUAUAGGUAAUGUUUUAUUAGAUUUUAGCGGUGGUGUUCUUAGUCUUUUACAAAUGUUUUUAGAUGUAGCAGAGUCUUCCAAUUGGAAAAUCUUCACUGGUGAUCCUGUUAAACUAGGGUUAUCAUUAUUCAGUAUAGCCUUCGAUAUAUUAUUUAUGAUCCAACAUUAUAUAUUAUACCGUCACCCAUCAUUAAGAGGUUAUAAAAAUCUUAAUCCAGAUGGUGAAAAUCCAGAAAUAAAUAGUAAUAAUAAUAACUAUACUUAUAAUAACAAUAAAGAUAAUAACAAUGAUAAUAAUAAUAAUGAUACAACAUAUGAAAAUUAA